AUGGCCCCCGAGACGCGCUCCCGCGGCGUGCCUCCCCCAAACCGCGUGUACAAUUCGUCGCCCGCGCUGCAGCAGGUGCAGUUCCCGUCACGGCGCAAAAAGGUCCGCACGUACGGCCGGCAGUCUUCGUCGCAUACUCCUUCUCUGCGGCAGCAGACGCUCACGCAGAUCGACUUUGUCUCGAGCUUCGACGACGACGGCGAGGAUGUCAUUACCCUGACGGACAGCGAGAACGAGCCGCAGCAGGCGCCCGCGGAGCAAGGUGGCGACGGUGGCGACAAGGAGAAUACAAAUCCGAAAGGCAGAACGAAGGGAAAGGGCAAGGCCAAAGCGAGGGUACGCAUGCAGGAGGAGGAGGAUGACAAAGAUGACGAUGAGGAACCCGUGCCAGUGUCGAGGAGAAGAAAGAGGCCAUUUACCGGCGCGACGGUCAAUAAAUCGAAACGACGACGAACCCUAGGCGAUGAUUCCCCCGAUGAUACGGCGGCCAGGCCAAAGGGCCUCAAGGAGAGCAAGACUUCGCGUCGGCGGACCCUGGGCGACGCACCCUCAUCAUCGUCCAAGUACCACACCCAGACCUUGACGCAGUUUCUUGGUCAACGCUCCUUCAUCGCCGACUCCGACGAUGAGGGCGACGAUCUGGGUCUUGUUCCGAGCGAAGACGAAGGUGACAAGGGUAACGACGACGGUUUCAUGGAGUGGCUCGGCGAACCGGGAAGCCCCAGUGUGCGACGAUCCAAGACCCGACGGCGAAUGUCCGCUUCACCAUCGCCUCAGAGGCUGAGGGCCGGCAAGCUCAGCCAGGCGCAAGUCUGUCCGUCUAGAGAAGAGUCUGUGAUACCGCAGACGCCGGCCAAGCUUACCACCACAAAAAAUGCCUUGCCCGAGGAACCUCCCUCCAGCAAAGUUCUAGACUCGCCAUCGACAACGCUCAUCGACCGCUACGGAGCCCCAGAUGCGCAGAACUCCCCGCUCAAGGACCGCGCCUCGCCUACCGCUCGGCCUUUGCAGCUGACGGGCGUGCCCAAACACCUCGACGCGACGCCCACGCGGCGGAAGCCGGCUAUGGUGAUACAGGACUCGUUCGCCACGACAGGCAGCUGGGCGUCUCCAAGUCGAAGCCAACACAAGGCCACUCAAAAUUCGGACCUGUCAACCGCAAACACGCCAACGAAGGGUUCUUCGCGGCAGGGACGAGAUGGCAGCUCCGAGCUAGGAGCCAGUUCCGUGGCUGGACGCGCGAGCAUGUCUCCCAGCAAGGCCAAGAAGAACAGGUCACCAAAGAAGGUUGCUGGUGGCUUGUCUGAGAUCCCUGAUUCUGACGAGGAAGACGAGGGCUUUGACAUCGAAAGCAUGCGAGGCGGCGAGCUCGAGGUGGAACCGGACCGCGACGAGCAUCGUUUCGUGGCCGGGGCAGAGACGCAGCUCGUCAUGAAUGAACUGGCGUCAAGCGAAGCGCUGCAGCCUUCCCUGGAGAAGAAGGCAUCCUUCCUUGCCCAGUCCUCUUCGUCUCUUUCUUCAAUAUCGGAGCAGUCCUCGAGCGCCGCUCCCAAAGCCAUCGGUUCCCCUCCAACGACUCUCCCGCAACCUGUGCCGUCCAAGCAACAGGAGCCCCCUUCGCGACGAGAGCAGCCAACCGCCAAGCCAGUCGCCAAACGCAUCCGCAAGCCCCUUCACCACCCCCUAUCGCCCUCGCAACCUCGUCAAAGCCAGCCCUUCGAGUCUCAGCGCGUCCACGUCUCUAUCCUCCGGUCCUUGCCCCCUCCAGCAGCGCGCUCCGAUAUCCUCCUCCCCGUGUCCGCCGAGCAGCUCGCAUCUCUCGUGAGCGGCCACGCCGUCCACGUCGUCAUGCCGUUCAAGAUCCCUACGCAGGUAGUCCGCUUCUGGCUCCUCGAGGGCUCGAUGCUGCGAUACAUGGCCUGUGUCGAACACCACCAGGCCAAUGAGAGACCGCUGCCAUCCUCCGUAGCAGGUAAGGGGAACUCGUGGCAAUACUACAUCUCUCAGGUGUAUGAGCUCAACAACCCCGUCUCGGAACCCGACAUGCGCGAGGAGGGUUGGUGGGACGAGGGCCAGGCUAUUGGCAGGUAUGUUUACUUGCCGCCGGCGGUCAUCGGCCAACUGCUGUGGAAUCUGAGGCACGCUGUUUUUGGCGAGGGUGCCGAGGACCAAGCCUCUGACUCGGAAGAGGAGGUGGUCGCAGAGGCGGGCAGCCACGACGAGCCGCUCGAAGUGUUGCCCGCCAGGGAGCAGACGCCUCCGGGGAGCUUGACCGUCUCGCAGCAGGUCACCGCCCAGAUACACAGCGACAUCGCCUACUCCACGCAGUUCAUCCCUUCCACGCCCCUCGGCGACAGCGAGACUCACCACGGCACCUCACCCCGAGGCGGCGACGGCACGACUCCACGCCAAGGCGAGCCCCCUUCCUCAUCCAUCAAUCCUCCUCCACCUCCCGGCUUUGCAGCUCCAUCCUCAUCCUCUUCUUCCGCCCAUCGUCUCCAGCAAACUCCACGACCAGCCAAGGGCACCACCUCGACCAACACCAUCCGGCCCUCUCAGGCAACGACCGCAUCCCAGCCAUCCACGCCCGAAAAGUCCCAUCCCGGUCCCCCUCGGAAGCAUCACGCUCCUCCAACGCGCCCUCCCCUGCGUUCCACGACAAAUACCACCACCACUGCCACCACCCACCCGCCCCUACAGCACUCCUCCAGCACCAGCCUCCACUUCCUCGACCACGGCGCCUCCCUCGUCUCCAUGCCCCCCUGCUCGCCCACCUCUCCCCUCCAGCCGGGCGACUCCCCACCGCCGCCCUUCUCCUCCUCCUCCGCCACUCAGCUCCUCACAAAGAGCCAGAUGCUGCCCGACAGCCUCCUCCGCGACGGGCAGCCCCCGCCGCCCCUGCCGCCGGGAACGUUUGCAAAGUCGGGCACCGCCUCUGCGCGUGAGAUUUGGGACUCUGACGAUGAUGAUGUGCCGCUGUGA